AGCUACACUGCUGCUCACUGCUCCAACGAGUGUCACACGCCCUCGCUCGCCCCCCCCGCCGUAACGCGCCGUGUCAUCGUCGCUUUCUCGAGUCCACCCCUCCAGCUACCUACUAUCUGUAGCUCCGGAAAGCAUGCCUUUCCUCUCCACACCACUGACCCUCGCAGCCUCCGGCGGCAUCCUCGGGUCCGCGUGGCUAUCAGGCAGCAUCGCCACGCACUCGAUCGCCGCCGUCCCGGCGAUCCUGCGCACCGGCGCGCCGGCCGAGGGCCUGCUGCGCGGGUGGAGCCUGCAGUUCGAGCGGGGGAGGCGGCUGAUCCCGACGAGCGCGGCCGCCAUCUCGCUGGUGUACCUGGCGCUCGCGCAGCAGCACCACGCCAGCGGUGUCGAGUGGCGCGGCUAUGCGGCGGCGGCCGCCGCCAACCUCGCCCUGCCCCCCCUCACCGUCCUGUUCAUCUUCGGCAUCAACGCCCGCCUCAACGCCGCCCUCGCCGCCGUCGACGGCCCCUCCGCCGUCGACGGCCCCUCCGCCGGCGCGAAGCCCCUCGUCACCGCCGCCGAGGUCCGCGCCCUCAUCCAGAGGUGGUCCGGCCUGAAUGCCGUCCGCACCGUCUUCCCCCUGGCCGGCGCCGUGUUCGCGCUGUGGAACUUGUUGCUUUAGGGGCGGCGUAGAGAGGAGCGGGGACGAGCGCGGGGACGAGCGCGGGGACGCGAAUCUGCGCAGAUCGCGAAAAGGGGCACGGAGUCAAGAAUGGAGCUGUGACGAGUAAUGGCCUGCUGAUAGACAGCAAC